GCGGCUCGAGCAGGAUCGGUGUGUGCAUUGUGCGGGAGGCGUGUGUCCCUCUCCCAACCAAAGAGCAAGGAGCGAAAGCGACUGGACCACGCAACAGCCUCGCCGCUCCAAACAGAAUGUCGUCAAGGAAUGUAUUCUAGCUGGAAAUGCAAAGGAGCACCGACCAGUCGCAGUAUUUUAUUUAAAAUCUCUAGACCCAUAAUAAUCUGAAAUAUGGCUGAAGUGAAGUCGAGGUGAGUUGCGCUGUUGCUCAGAUAACUUGCUGUUGGGUGGUGCGCACUCUCUCGCCAGCCAGCCUGUCGGAUGAAAAGAAAACGGAUAGAUCCCGUUCUUUUUUGUUCUUCUAUCAAUCGAUAGUCAUUGGACUGUGGAAUCAUGUCGAUGGGACAGGACGAAAACUCAGUCCGGGUGGCUUUGAGGAUUCGUCCUCAACUGGCCCGGGAGAAGAUCGAGGGAUGUCACAUCUGUACGUUUGUGACCCCAGGGGAGCCCCAGGUGAUGCUGGGUAAAGACAAGGCCUUUACUUACGACUAUGUGUUCGACAUGGACUCCUGUCAGGACAGCAUCUACGCUAGCUGCACUGAGAAGCUGAUCGAGGGCUGCUUCGAAGGAUACAACGCCACCAUUUUUGCCUAUGGCCAGACUGGGUCAGGUAAGACCUACACCAUGGGUACAGGGUUUGAUGUUAACAUCGGGGAAGAGGAGCUGGGCAUCAUACCCCGGGCGGUCAGCCACCUCUUCAGGGGCAUUGAGGAGCGCCAGCAGGCCGCUAAAGAGCAGGGACGACCCGUGCCUGAGUUCAAGAUCAACGCACAGUUCCUGGAGCUUUACAAUGAGGAGGUGCUGGAUCUGUUUGACUCUACACGGGACCUGGAAGCUCGGACACAGAAAUCCCACAUAAAAAUCCACGAGGACGCUAAUGGAGGAAUCUACACAGUAGGGGUGACCACACGGACGGUAGCCUCCGAGGCAGAGAUGAUGCAGUGUCUGAAGCUGGGUGCUCUGUGUCGAACCACCGCCAGCACCCAGAUGAACGUCCAGAGCUCCCGCUCUCACGCCAUCUUCACCAUUCACCUGUGCCAAGUCAGAGUCUGUGCAUCCGACAAUAAAGACAACAACGAGACAGACAACAACGAGACUGACAACAGGAUUGCUAACGGCAACUCAGAGAUGGAAGAGUAUGAGACACUGACGGCCAAGUUUCACUUUGUUGACCUGGCCGGUUCUGAAAGGCUGAAGAGAACCGGUGCUACAGGAGACCGAGCUAAGGAGGGAAUCUCCAUCAACUGUGGACUGCUUGCUCUGGGGAAUGUAAUUAGUGCUUUGGGAGACAGGAGCAAGCGAUCCACGCACGUGCCCUACAGAGACUCCAAACUCACCCGGCUCCUACAGGACUCUCUAGGUGGAAACAGCCAAACGAUGAUGAUAGCCUGCAUCAGUCCGUCUGACCGGGACUUCAUGGAGACCCUGAACGCGUUGAAGUACGCUAACAGAGCCAGGAACAUUAAGAACAAGGUGAUGGUGAACCAGGACAAGGCCUCCCAGCAGAUCUCUGCUCUCAGGACAGAAAUCGCCAGGCUACAGAUGGAACUGAUAGAGUACAGGACCGGUAAGCGUAUGGUGGGAGAGGAUGGUAUGGAGAGCAUCAACGACAUGGUCCAUGAAAACACCAUGCUGCAGACUGAGAACAGCAACCUGAGGAUCAGGGUCAAAGCCAUGCAGGAGACCAUUGACGCCCAGAGGGGCAGACUCACACAGUACCUCAGUGACCAGGCCAACCAGGUCCUCGCCAGGGCAGGUGAAGGCAGUGAAGAGAUUGGGAACAUGAUCCAGAGCUAUAUCAAAGAGAUAGAGGACCUCAGGGCCAAACUCCUGGAAAGUGAGUCUGUGAAUGAGAACCUGCGUAAGAACCUGUCCCGUGCCUCCUCACGCCAGUCCUUCUACCCCGGAACCUUCUCCCCUGCCCUCCUGGCCCCCGAGAAGGAGGCCUCCGACAUCAUCGAGAUGGCCAAGAAAGAUCUGGAGAAACUCAAGAAGAAGGAGAGGAAGAAGAAGAAGAGGCUCCAGCAGCUGCUGGAAGAGAGAGAGAGGGAGGAGCUUGUAGAGGAGGAGGAUGGCAGUGUCGUCAAGGAAGAAGUCCCCGACAAUGACCAAGGCCAAGGGAUGGAAAAAGAGCUGACUGAGCGGUCCAAUGACGAGCCUGAGAUGGAGGGGAGUGACCAUGAGGAUGGGGAGGAGGAGGAGGAAGAGGAGGAGGAGGAAGAGGAGGAGAUGGAUGUGGAGGAGAGCUCUGAUGAUUCAGACUCUGAGUCAGAUGAGAAAGAGAACUUCCAGGCGGACCUGGCCAACAUCACGUGUGAGAUCGCCAUCAAGCAGAAGUUGAUAGAUGAACUGGAGAACAGCCAGCGCCGUCUGCACACGCUCAAGCAGCAGUAUGAACAGAAACUGAUGAUGCUGCAGAGCAAAAUUAGAGACACACAGCUGGAGAGAGACCGGGUGCUGCACAACAUGGGCUCAGUGGAGACGUGCAGCGACGAUAAGGCUAAGAAGAUCAAACAGGAGUACGAGAAGAAGCUGAGCAUCAUGAACAAGGAACUACAGAAGCUACAGUCAGCCCAGAAGGAACACGCACGCCUGCUCAAGAACCAAUCCAAGUACGAGACACAGCUGAAGAAGCUCCAACUGGACGUCACAGAGAUGAAGAAGACAAAGGUUCGUCUGAUGAAGCAGAUGAAGGAGCAGCAGGAGAAGAACAGGAUGACAGAGUCCAGGAGGAACCGAGAGAUCGCCACCCUCAAGAAGGACCAGCGCAAACAGGAGCACCAGCUGAAGCUACUAGAAGCCCAGAAGAGACAACAGGAGCUCAUUUUGCGCAGGAAGACUGAGGAGGUGUCUGCUCUGAGGAGACAGGCCAGGCCUAUGUCUGGUAAGGUGACCAACAGGAAGGUGAGUCUCCCAGAGCACCUCCAGGACUCCUCCCACCGACCCCCCACAGGACGCCUGCAGUCCUCUGGCUCCACCGCCACCAACGGAACCAGAUCCUACUACAGGCGGUCAACAGGCAUAUAUUCCACCAGAGUGGCCAGGGUGAAGUGGCAGUCUCUGGAGCGUCGUAUCUCUGAUGUCAUCAUGCAGAGGAUGACCAUAUCCAACAUGGAGUCUGAAAUGAACCGCCUGCUCAAGCAACGUGAGGAGCUGACCAAGCGGAGGGAGAAGGUGACCAGAAAGAGGGACAGGCUGGCAGGGGAGGGGCCUGAGGCUGAAAAGGCGGUGCUUCCCCUCAACGAGGAAGUGGACGCCGUGGUUGCCAACAUCGACUACAUCAACGACAGCAUUGCUGACUGCCAGGCCAACAUUAUGCAGAUGGAGGAAGCCAAGGAGGAGGUUGACACGGUGGAUGUUUCCGCGGUCAUCAGCUCCUGUACCCUAACAGAAGCCCGCUUCCUGCUGGACCACUUCAUGUCUAUGGCCAUCAACAGAGGUCUGCAGGCGGCUCAGAGGGAGUCCCAGGUGAAGGUGAUGGAGGGCAGGCUGAAGCAGACUGAGAUCACCAGCGCCACUCAGAACCAGCUGCUGUUCCACAUGCUGAAGGAGAAGGCUGAGUUUAACCCCGAACUGGACGCCCUGCUGGGGAACGCUCUGCAAGAGCUAGGUAACAUGCCAGUGGAGAACGGGGAUGACAGCAGCAGUGACGAAUCUGCCCAGAGUCCUGCAACAGACGGACACUCCCUGGCAUCAGAUCUAAUGAAACUCUGUGGAGAGACCAAAACAAGGAGCAAGGCUCGUAGAAGAACCACCACUCAGAUGGAGUUGCUCUACGCUAAUAGUGACGCCGCCCCUGACAUGCCCAGCGGAGAUUUCUCCUCCCCCUGUCUCCCAUUGGCUGAAACACCAGAAGAGGGCAGAGAUCCUGAGACCCCCAUUGGCUCAUCAGUCAGGGACAGAGACUUUAUGGCUCAUUCUCCUGGCUUGGCCUCGAAGAUGGGCAGCAUUUCCGGCUCCAGAGCUGCCUCCUCCUCGGGGGCGGAAAAGAGAGUUCCAGAGCCCUCGCCGCUCUCUCGCAGGAAGACCUAUGACAGGGCACAAGCGGCGGCUAAGGUCAAGGAGAUCAAACAAGGGGUAAUCAACCCAGUGCCCUCUUCAAAGGGCAGUCGGUCAGCAACACUACAGUGUGUCCACGUGGCUGAGGGUCACACUAAAGCGGUGUUGUGUGUUGACUCUACUGAUGACCUCCUCUUCACCGGCUCCAAAGACCGUACGUGUAAGGUGUGGAACCUGGUGACGGGUCAGGAGAUCAUGUCCCUGGCGGGUCACCACAACAAUGUGGUGUCAGUCCGCUACAGCUCCAGCCUGGUCUUCACCGUCUCUACCUCCUACAUCAAGGUCUGGGACAUCCGAGACUCAGCCAAGUGCAUCCGCACCCUCACGUCUUCUGGUCAGGUGACUCCUGGCGAUGCCUGUGCGUCCAGCACCAACCGGACUGUCACCAUCCCGGCAGGAGAGAACCAGAUCAACCAGAUUGCCCUCAACCCCAGCGGCUCUGUCCUGUACGCCGCCGCCGGCAACUCUGUCAGAGUCUGGGACGUAGGAAGAUUUGUAUCUACAGGGAAGCUGACUGGUCACCUGGGUCCAGUCAUGUGUCUGACUGUGGACCAGAGCGGGAAUGGUCAGGAUCUGGUCAUCAGCGGCUCCAAGGACCAUUACAUCAAGGUGUUUGACGUGGCAGAGGGGGCCCUGGGUGCUAUUGGCCCCACACACAACUUUGAGCCUCCCCACUACGAUGGUAUCGAGUCCCUGGUGGUGCAGGGGGACGUCCUCUUCAGUGGCUCCAGGGACAACGGCAUUAAGAAGUGGGACCUAGCCCGCAAAGACCUACUGCAGCUAGUGCCCAAUGCCCACCGUGACUGGGUGUGUGCCCUGGGUGUGGUGCCUGGCUCUCCAGCCCUGCUGAGUGGCUGUAGAGGAGGGGUGCUCAAGCUUUGGCACACAGACACACUGGGGGCCCUGGGGGAACUCAAGGGCCACGAGAGCCCCAUCAACGGCAUCUCCACCAACAGCAGCCACCUCUUCACAGCAUCUGAUGAUCGAACAGUGAAGAUCUGGCGUGCCCGGGGCGGACUCGACAGUACCUUAGAGACAACGGCGGACACCACUGACGAGGUGGCCAAUAACUGAACAUGGCCGUGACCUCCCGCCGUGACCCUUAACCUUGGACGCUGCUGACUAGCACUUUUACCUCUGACCUUUCACCUUGGAAACCAUGGAAACCGCCCCCCCCCCAGCUCCCACAUACUGUAACCAUGACAACUGUGCAAGCCCGCAGGAAUGGAAUCUUAUCUCAGCAAAAGUAGCUGUAGUCUUUCUCCAGAGUGAGAUAUAUGUAUCCUUAGGGAAAUAUAUCUAGUCUAACCUGCCUGGCAGUUGCACUGACUUGUGCAGAAUAAAUACUCUGUUUGCUUGGUAGACAUCUUUCCCUCUCAGCUCAUAUUUAAGUAUUUAGUAAGCCCACAAGGGUCAUAUUUAGACACACAUACACACACACAUACAUACAUACAUACAUAUAGAGGCAGAUCUUGAGGGUCUUUCUGGGCUGGGGGAGUUAAUGAAGGAGAGUGGUGCGGAGAGGAGGUAAAGAGGAUGGGUGGGCCACUGGGCUCUGUAGCUGGCCACUGGGCUCUGUAGCUGGCCUACAAAACCCGGACCAGGUUCUCCAGUGGCCCAGCAAAGGAACAGAAGCACUGUAAGCAGAACCACUGUCUCUCCUUAUCUGAUAUCAAUGUGGCUUUAUGUCAACUGACAAAUCACCGCACCCCCUUAAAUCACCGCUUGGUUUAAAUGUUAUUUUGCUUCGAAUUCAGCUCCCACUUAUUGUAGCUGAUCAAAUUGUAAAACUUGUCUUGUACUUUACCUGUCAACUGGAUACACUAACUAACAAUACUCUUGUAACCACUUGGAAAACGCCUUCAGUCAGUCACCUUCUGUCUGCUAUCUUAGUCUUUACACGUAAUCCUUACUGACUCUAUGUGCAAAUACAAUGUCUCUUUGAGGAUACACUGACUGUCUUCACUCACUCAUAAUUUAUAUCUAUGUAGUAAUGUACGAUUCUCCUCUUAAUGCUGUUACCACACCCUCCCUCUAAAAGUUGUGAACUAACCUAACGCCUGUGCUGCUAAGUUGUUUGCUCACCUUUGACCCAUAGAGGUCUUCUGUUCUGGACCCCAGGUGAGGUCCACCUGGUAACCGUAGUUACGUACUGUAUAUAAUAAUGUAAAGUGUGAGGAGGAGAGGAGCCGUUUACCUGUGCCUGUACUGUAAGCCUCUCCUAUCCUGGUCCUGGAAGUCCCCAGUGUAUGGUGGUUGUAUCCUGUGUGCCAGUUUUACUGCACAUUACAACUGCCAUAUUUGUGAUUGCUGUGAGCCAGGGCUGGGGUCAAUACCAUUUAAAUUCCAGUCAAUUCAGAAAGUAACACAAAUUAGAGAUGGCAUUUUUGUGUACUUCCUAAAUUGACUAGAUUUGAAAUGGAAUUGACCCCAACUAUGGUGUAAGAUGAACUAACUGUCAAAUGAUUAAUUGUAUCUGCUGUCUGCUGGAACUAUUGAAUGUUAUUAAAGGACUAGUAGCAGCAGCCAGCAACACAUGAUCUAUAUGUUAACAGUAUUGUAUGAUGAAGUCAACUGAAGGUCAGCAUUGUAGAUCACCAAAACUCGCUCUAGAAGGGAAACUGAGGACCAAAAGUCAGAGACGGUGUUCUAACAGCACUCUUAAUGCUUUUGAACAGAACCUCUCUCCCUGACCCUGUGUCAGCCUGUUAUGUUUCUUGGUCUGAGUCUGAAAUGGCACCCUAUUGCCUAUAUAGUGCACUACUUUUGUACAUAGCACUAUGGACCCUGGUCAAAAGCUAGUGCACUAUAUAGGGAAUAGGGUGCCAUUUCAGAUGCAGCCCUGAUUCUCUUGUUCUGUUAAACUGUAUGUAUUAAAACCAAUCCUGGGUUCCCUUCUGGAGUUUAACUGUAGACUGCCCUCCCCAAAAUGGCUGACUCUGUACUGUAGCAGUUCUGAUGUCAGAUGCCUGGUGAAAUAAAUGUCAUCCUUCAAAAACCA